AGCCAGCUAGGCUGCUGCGAGGAGCUCAUCUGACACGUUCUCUCCGCAGGAACAGAAUGAGCCAGGGGGAUGCCAACCCGGCAGCAGUGCCACAUGCCGCUGAAGAUAUUCAGGGAGAUGACAGGUGGAUGUCACAGCACAAUAGGUUUGUCUUGGACUGCAAAGACAAGGAGCCCGAUGUGCUCUUCGUGGGUGACUCCAUGGUGCAGUUACUACAGCAGUAUGAGAUAUGGCGAGAGCUCUUCUCACCCCUUCAUGCACUGAAUUUUGGGAUUGGUGGAGACACCACAGGUCAUGUUCUAUGGAGACUGAAGAACGGUGAACUGGAGAACAUUAAACCGAAGGUCAUUGUUGUUUGGGUUGGAACAAAUAAUCAUGAAAACACAGCAGAAGAAGUAGCAGGUGGCAUUGAGGCGAUUGUGCGCCUGAUAAACAGCCAGCAGCCACAGGCCAAAGUUAUUGUACUGGGCCUGCUACCUCGUGGAGAGAAGCCAAACCCGCUGCGGCAGAAGAAUGCCAAGGUGAACCAUCUGCUAAAAGCCUCGCUCCCCAAACUGCCCAAUGUCCAGCUUCUGGACGUGGACGUCGGCUUCGUGCACUCAGACGGCACCAUCUCGUACCACGACAUGUUUGAUUUCCUGCACCUGACAGGAGGGGGCUAUGCAAAGAUCUGCAAACCCCUCCAUGAACUGAUCAUGCAGCUGCUGGAGGAGACCCCCGAGGAGAAACGAGCUGCCCUGGCCUGAGUAGCUGAUGUCAGCAUUAACAGCAUCAUCCAGCCCAUCAGAUCAGUUCUGUCACUGGCACUACAGAGUCCUUCUUUCUUAAAGCACUUUCCAUUGUAGAAUGUUACCGGAUGUUCGUACCUAGUGUUUUGAGGGGGAAGGCUAAUGUUUAACUGGUCUUGUACAUAUGAGGGCCGGCUUGGUUGGUUUUAUUGCAGGAGGAAAUUAGCUGAAGAAGAAUUUUACUUUUAAAUCAUUCCUCAUUUAAACCGAGAACAGGACUGUCACUCUGUGCCCCUCUCAUGUCUUGUUGCUCUGUGGUUGUCCUAGAACCCUCGUAGCCUGUCUCUGACAGCCCGUGCACACCCCCUGCCUCACUGGUCCUGGCCGUAGGGAUUGUGCUCUGUGUAUUAGCCUGUGAACAAGAAUCACAUUCCACUUGCAAAAGCCAGAACAGAUGCAUUUUUCCAAACUCGGUCCCACCAUUGAAAGUUUUGGGGAUUGGUUUUUUCUUUUUUUGGGGGGGGGGGGUGUUAAGUGACACGUGUUGCUUUCUCACUCCUUCUUUCUGAAGCAGCAUGAAACUGGAAUUCAGAAAUGUAAAGAAACAAACGGUUAACCGAACUGCUGUACCACUCCCAGGUGCUGGUUCUUGUGCUUCUUUCACCAUGCCUGAUAGCUGGGGCACCUUUCCUCCUCCCACAUAGCUUUCCCCAGGGGCAGUCUUGUUCUGGUGCUGCUGGCUGUCCUGUUCUCUGCUCCUGUCUGCGUGUCGUGUCGCUGGCUUUUAACAGUUGCUUGGUUUAGGAUUUUAAUUGCCCAGUAAAUGCUACGCAAGGCAGUCACUUCCUUGCUAGUCUAGAACCAAUGUUUCAUUCCUCUGAGAUGCCUGUGCCACAGGGCUCUUUGCGGUGCCGUUCAUUGUUGGUUGUUUUGGGUUUAUUUUUUUAAGUAUGAAUGUUACCUCCUUUUUUGUCUAAAGGAAGCCCAUAUGAAUAGCCCCUGUCUGCAAGGCCUAAAUCAGUCUAAAGCUUUACAGAUUCCAAGGUGUAUAUUUCUUUAUUGCUUCUGUUUUACGUGUAUAAACAUUUUAUUCGAGCAACUAUGGCCUCUUAGAGUAAAAAGUGAAGUCAAGGCAUAGCUUUUCCUGCCCUGGACGCUGCUCUUCGCCUCUAGCCAAGGGAGCCAGAGGGGCAGGUGCCCUCCUACUGGGGCUGCAACUAGGAGGGGGUUUGGUUUGGUUUUUUUUGUUACAAGGGCGAGUUGUAGUCUACUAACCAUGGUAGGAAAACAGCCUUUCAUUUAGAAGGAAAGGUUCUCUUGUUCAGAAAGAAACUGGUUUGGACCCAAAAGGCAGAGCCCUAGUUGAAUAGAUAACUCUACUUGCAAAGAAAACACUUCUAAAGAAAGUCUGUUCCUCCUCAGCUUACCUGCUGGAGUCAGAGCACAGCAGUGCUGUGCAGACCUCGCCAUGGUUCGCGCCCUGGUAGCUGGCCGAGAGCUGCCAGCACAGCUCUCUGCCCUUCUUCCCACCUAAGCGGGCUCUGCGGUCAGGUGUGCUUAUCCUGGCCGGUAAACCGGAGAGGAAUGGAUAGCUUCUUAGCAGGCACUUCAUACCGUGUUCUGAACAAGGGGUGUUUAGGUGUCGGGGCUGCUUGCUGUGUCCCGCUGCAACAAAGUACGUAGGUACUGUAUAUAGUCUGUUUGCCCUUUUUUAUAAUGAAGGGUGCUGGUGUUGAAUGCAGUCUAUAACCUAGCAUUAAGGAAUACUUUACUGUCCCCACUACGUUCCCUUCUUCCUGUAGACUUGAUCGUAGCAGGAUUUCUGCCUGGAUUGCAUGCAUAGUGUGUGUUUUGUUUCCAGUAUAUGUGAUCUACACACAGAUGAAGGAAAGAUGAAGCGUUCCGCUUGCCAGGAUCAGAAGUAGGAAGUUUUGGAGUGCUGUGGUAGAGGAGAGAGUACGGUCCUGCCCCCACGAACCCAACUAGGGACGCACUGCUCCCUGAGGCUUGCUCUGGAGCUCUGCUGCCUUGCAGGACGGGCUUUAAGGGAGGGUUGCUCGUGCUGCCGAUAAGGUGCUGGCUGGAGAAGCUGGAGCAAGGGAGAGUGGGAAAAUCAAGUGUUACAAAUAUGCUGCAGUGGAGGAUUCCUGGAGAAAGGGCUUCUCCCACCCCCUAGGCACCCCUUAGGGAGAUGGGAUAGAACACGUUCCGCUCCCUCUGAGCUUUUCGGGUUUCUGGGCUUGUGCGAAAAGGCAGUAUGCUACUUUAAUCUAUGCAUCAUCCCUGCUUCCCUCCCUGCUGUCGCUGCGUUUGGCUCGAGAGAUGCUAACCAGGAAUGUACUCUCCAGAAAAAAGCUCUGCCUUCUCAACUCAGCGGCCGAGGCUGUGCUUAGCUGUGAGUCAGCCCCUCUUGGCGGGGUGCCGAGCGGACCAGGAGGUUUGGCAGGCUCCCGAGCCUUUGGCAGCGUGACUUGAGCCAGCUCUGCUUAGGCUUGGCUUGCUGAGGUGCUGUGCUUGGUUCAGUGCUCCCCUCCUUCUCUGCUCCCCUAACCCCCUCGGGGACUGCUGGCACUGUGUAAUGAAAGCAAGGACGGCUUCCCCUCCACUCAGACUUUGCUCUGCUCGUCGCCGCCUAGUAAGAAGCUGCCCCACUCACAGCUGCGAGGUUUUGGGGUUCUCCCUCCUCGCUGAUUUCAUACUAAAAACCGAGUGCCUCGUCACAGGAGACAUGACGUAGAAAUGCUUCAGUGCUGGCUCUGGGUGACCGAUGUCCCCUGGGGUUGGGGCUGGGCUCCCCCUGGCUGGCCACCGGGAACCAUGUCAUUGUUAAGGGUUGGCUGGAAAGGAGCCGGCCCUGUGAGGCUUCUCCCACCAUCAACAACCCAGCUGCAUUUGACAGCUCUGUGCUGGAGCCAGCCAUCUUCUCUGUGUGAGCGUUGCCGGUUGCAGGUUUAUCGCAGCAGAGAGAAAAAACAAAAGAUGUGAAAGGACAGAAAGAGUCUUUGGUGACUUGCCGGGGGGACAGGAGGACGACUGCAGGAUGGAACCUGCGAGGAGGAAAGCCUGUACUGUGCGUGAAAGGAGGCCGUGCCCUCCCUCUGCACUGCUUGCCCGCAGGUACUGCCCUCUAACCGCUCACUGCCCUGAACCUUCCUUCCCCGGGACAAAAAAAAUUGUCAUUCUGCUUUGGCAAAAAUGCAUCGGCUGGUAGAGCUCACUCUGUUAGUGCAUAUUUCGAUAUAAAUGUCAAUGUUUCACCCCACCGUGUUGCAGCGUGUGUGUGUGUGUGUGUGCCUAGGCACCCGCGUCUCGCCUUUCUUCCCUCUCUGUGUCAAUGACUCUGUUUGGUGUCUGCGGGGACCAGGGAGGUGCUGCCCCACACGGAGCUGCCAAACCAUCCUCCCCCUGGCUGCACUCACAGCGUUCCCUCCCUAGGGGGGCUUGGGAGUCAUACUCUGCUGGCUCCUCGCUUACUCUGUUCUUUUCCCCGCUUGGCUGGGGGGCUUUUCUUUCUUUGUUUUUCCUCUCCUUGCACUGUGCGCAGCUCAGGUCCCGUACCCAAAGCUGUAAGCAAGGUUCUGUGGGUGAAGGUAACUGGUACUUUGGCCCUUGACGGGAUGUCGGCUUGUCUUUGAUGAUGCAGUGAUUUCUCUUUAAUAGCCCUGACAUGAGCAGGGAAUGCACAUCACCACGCAAUCCAGCUUACAGUCAUCCCAGCAGAAGCUUGACUCGAGUUUGAGCAGCAGCUUAGGAGUCGGUUGGAGUUCUGCUUCCAGCUCCUGCAUGGGUGUCCGUCUGUCCCCGAG